GCAAGAACCCGAUAUGAUAACGAAAUAACAUUACACGCUAAGCCCAAUCUAUAGCUUCUGUUUGACACAGAAAUCCGCCGAGGUUUAGCCCGAAUUGACAAGGACCGUACCCCCUUGUCACAGGUCGAAUUCAGGAGAGAGGUACCUAGGUUAAAUCUUUCUACUGCGCGAUCCUUCCUUCACCUUCAACAAACCUCCAUCAUACCUCGUUUCCCCCCGUCUUUUCAAUUAGAAACUUGCAGUCAUUCCUUACGCUGCAGUCUCGUCACUCAUUAACCCCCCCUAUAGUCAUUCAUUAACUCGUUAGACAAUCUCUGCGAUAGCUUAACUCUCCCCCGAUCGAUUCGGUCCCCCAUCACCUCGGCGCGUGCGAUUUAGAAUCCGUGUUUCAGCUUCGAGUUUUUCGCUAGAUUCUCCCGACCUUUUUUUCAGUUCUUCUCGAGCGAUUUCGAUACCAUAUCCGUCAACAUGCGUGCUUUCUUCGCCAUCUUUACUGCCGUUCUGGCCUUUUUCCAGGUUGCCGCUGCUCUUCCCCCGGCUUGUCUGUUGGCUGCUCUUGGUGUUCAGGACAACCCAUCCGAUUUGAAGGCGGUCUGUGGUGAUCUCCAGCAUGCUAUCCAGGGCAACUUGACCAGCAGCUGCCACAAGGACACUCUCCCCGAGGCCUACCAGGUCUACUCCUCCAAGUGCUUGGAGCAGGGUGUGACCGUUGCUAAGCUUCCCACUUCGACUUCUUCUGCUCAGUCUAGCACCGGCACUGCUUCUGCUACUGGUGUCAAGUCCGUGUCUGCUUCUGCUACCUCGACUAGUGACGCGACUGUUACCUCUGGAGAAAGCGAAUCCGGUAGCACUACCGAAUCCGGCAGCACUGCUAGCCCUACUGGCAAUGCUGGCACGGCCACAGAGCCCAAGCCUUUCCUCUUCGCUGCCGCCGCGCUUUUGGCUACGGGAUUGACCAGCGUUAUCUUUUUGUAAACGAUAUACCGAUGAAGGAGUGAUGAGCAAUAUGUGUAUUGUUUCUAGGAGGUGGUUGGUUUUGGAUUGUCCCAAGCGCGUUAUACCCCAAUUCCCACGGGCUCAGGUGAACUAGUUAGACUCGCAUGUUGGGUAGCAGACAGAAGCCUCGAAAGGGGUUAUCAAUAUCAUCUGCCUAGCCUUGAUUUAAAUAUAGAUGGAUAUUUGUACUAUACAAUUGAGCGUUUAUUUUACACGUCAUCAAGCAAUA